GUCAAAUUGCGUACCGGCAGGAGAAGUACGGCGAGGCGCUCCAGAACUUCCGGCUGGCAGCCGCCGUGAACCCGCGCUCCUCCGUUCUGCGUUGCUACGUGGGCAUGAGCGCCGCCAAGCUGGGGCAGCACAGCCUGGCGCUGGAGAAACUGCAGGAGGCGAUCCAGCUGGACCCCGCCAACCCGCUGGCGCGCUACGAGCGAUCCGCGGUGCUGGCCUCGCUGGAUCGGGUGCAGGAGGCCCUCUCCGAGCUGCAGGCACUGCAGCGGGUGGCGCCCGGGGAGGCCAGCGUGGCCUUCCAGAUGGGCAAACUGUACAAGCGGCAGAACAACCUAACGGCGGCCCAGCAGUCCUUCGAGCUGGCCCUCAGCUACAGCGGCGGCAGCUCCAGCGACGCGGCCACCAUCAAGGCGGCCAUCGAGCGACUGAGCCUGGAGGAGGACGAGGACGAGCAGGAGAUGUGAGGGGGGGGUGACAGGGGCAGGGGCAGCAGCAGCGGCGGCUGGUUAAACACAGCAGCACCCGCGGCUGGUCUAGGAAGGGGCGCUAUCGGGGGCGCUGGGGGGUAAGGAGGAAGAAACGGACGAGCUGUAGGACAGGCAGGCUUCACCAAGGGCUAGGAGGGGCGGCUUUUGAAAGGGCGUUGCGUGUGGCUGGCUUGGGUUAGUUGGGUGCUUGGGGAUGUGCAGAGGCGGGUGCAUGGAGGUAUGUGAUGGAGGGCGUUGCAGGGCCUUGCUCGCCCUCUUCUCUUGAAGCAUUUACAUAGUUAAUAAUGGUUUAGCCGUUAGGUCUGAUUGGGGGAUUGGGGAGGAGGAUGGGUUUGAGGGGGGGUGUACGGAGUGCGCUGGGAAACAGGAUCAGAAGGCGGUGGCUGGGGUGAUGCCGGUGGGAAGGGGAGGCUCGACGAGCUACGGCUUUGUGUGGGGGACCUAGGGAGUAGAGCGGGAGCUUAAUUUGGGCGUGCAGAUGCGUUUUCAGGCAUACAUGCCACGUGCCAGCUGCCGUGGGGGUAUGUUGCGAAAGACGGGUGUGGCAGGAACAUGGCAGCCUCGUUGAGGACUACUUGCGUUGCAGGACAGGAGCGGCAUGCCGAGGAGAGCGCUCUCAGGUUGCAGGGUACUGCUGGUCAUCUGACUGGGGUGGGCUGACGAGAGGUUGGUUGGGACGUGAGAGCCCGAGGAAACAGGGAGCACGGUAGUCUGGGUGGGAGGUAUGUAGGCAGGCGAAUGCAAACGAACUGUGAGGAAAGAGGUUGUGUCUUAGGUAGCCUACUUCGUAGAUUGUGGUAUGCACGUGUUUGACACAUUUAGUCAACGAGGUCACGUUUGCAUGAUGUCGCCAUCCGUUGUGAGGGAGAAUACGUCGAAGGGGGCGGUCGCGGCUUCAUGGUAUGACGACCCAGUCGUACGAGAUUGACACCCCGCAACACGGGGUUACGACUGGCGAGUUCUGAAGACGCCAGCUUGGGGGAUGUCGGAGGAAGGAUGGUAAAGAUCUCCAAUUGCAGGAGGGCAGUCAGCUGCGACGUUUACCAAGGCAGUUUAGGUUUGACAAACUCAGG